GGCCGCGCUCGCCACUUCCGCCCCCCGCAGCAUGGCGGCGGCCCCGGCGCCGCUCCCGGCCGCGGCCCCGCUCAGCCCGGAGGCCCCCGCGGCGCCGCCGCCGCUCAAGAGCCGCUUCCGCACCCGCGAGGGCUCGUACCGGCGCCUGGGCCCGGACCCGCGGCCCCGCGCAGGCCCCGCCGCGGCCCCGGGGCCCUCCCCGCCCGCCGCCGCCGCCGCCGCUGCUGCCGCCCCGGGGCCUGCCCCGGCACCGGGCCCCGGCGCGCUGCCGCCGGUGCGGCUGUCCAUGGUGCGGCUGGCGCUGCCCGAGCGGCCCGGGCCCGCGGCCCAGCGCAGCCGCGUCUGCUUCAACCUGGGCCGGGAGCUGCACUUCUAUGGAGGGAACGGAGCCGCGGGGAGCCGGCGGACCCUGGACCUGCACAAGCCCAUUGACAAGCGCAUCUACAAAGGGACCCAACCCACGUGUCACGACUUCAACCAGUUCACGGCCGCUGCUGACACCAUCUCCUUGCUGGUGGGCUUCUCGGCUGGGCAGGUCCAGUACCUGGACCUGGUCAAGAAGGACACCAGCAAGCUCUUCAAUGAGGAGCGCCUCAUCGACAAGUCCAAGGUGACCUUCAUCAAGUGGCUCCCAUCCACCGAGCGCCUCUUCCUCGCCUCCCACACCAGCGGCCACUUGUACCUCUACGACACCCACCAACCCUGUGGGGCCGGAGCCCCCCAAUACACCCUCUUGACCCAAGGCGAAGGCUUCAGCGUCUUCUCCUGCAAGAGCAAGACCCCCCGGAACCCCCUCCUGAAGUGGGUGGUGGGUGAAGGAGCCCUCAACGAAUUCGCCUUCUCGCCCGAUGGGCGCUCCUUGGCCUGUGUGAGCCAGGAUGGGUGCCUCCGGGUGUUCCACUUUGACUCCAUGCUGCUCCAGGGCAUGAUGAAGAGCUAUUUCGGGGGGUUGCUCUGCGUGUGCUGGAGCCCCGAUGGCCGCUACGUGGUCACGGGGGGAGAAGAUGACCUGGUGACCGUGUGGUCCUUCACCGAAGGCCGAGUGGUGGCCCGAGGCCACGGCCACAAGUCCUGGGUUAACGCUGUCGCUUUUGACCCUUUCACCGGCGCCUCCCAGACCCCCCCAAGCUCCGACGUCAGUGGGGGUGAGGAAGAUGAACCCCAAGACCCUCUUCUUCACCCCAGCCCUGCCGUCACCUACCGCUUCGGCUCCGCUGGCCAAGACACCCAGUUCUGCUUAUGGGACCUGAGCGAGGACAUCCUCUGCCCUCACCCCCCUUUACCCCGCGCACGCCCCAUCCCCAGCUCCGGAGACAGCAGCGGCAUUCCCGGUCUUCCCCGCUCCUUAUCCCGCUCCAACAGCCUCCCGCAGCCGGCAGGGACGUGCUCACCCCGUUGUCCCCAACCCGACGUCCCCGCCGCGGGUCGCUUCGCCACGCUGACGCUGCAGGAGCGCAAAGGACCUUCGGGUGCCGAGAAGGAGCACAAGCGCUACCAUAGCUUAGGGAACAUCAGUAGGAACGGGGAGAAAUCCCUCGGGAAUGCCGCCACCCGCGGCCGCCUGGAUGCGGGGAAGGUGCUGGGCACGGCGCUGUGCCCCCGCAUCCAUGAGGUGCCGCUGCUGGAGCCGCUGGUGUGCAAGAAGAUCGCCCACGAGCGCCUGACGGUGCUGCUCUUCCUCGAGGAUUGUAUCCUCACCGCUUGCCAGGAGGGGCUCAUCUGCACCUGGGCCCGGCCCGGCAAGGCUGGCCUGUCCUCGCAGAACGGCGGCUCCCCCGGUGGCACCGUGGUGUAGCUGUCACCCCGUGUCACCCCGUCUCACCCGGCGUCACCCUGUGUCACCCAUGGGUGCCACCACUCAGGACAUCCACCCAGUACUGCUGACCCCCCCGGGGGCUGUGUCACACGAUGGCCCCAGCGGGGUGGUGGCACCGGGGGGUGUCCUGUGCCUUUGUCACUUUAUGUGUGUGUCCCCCCCCCCUUAAUUUAUACUAAAGAGACUCUUUCG